UUCACCACCGUGACAUUCAAUUUUCUGUCUUUUUAGUAUGUUGGUGCAUUUUAUCUGAACAAAUGCUGAAAUAUAUUAUUUUUCUCUGUGUUAGUUUUAACGCUGUUAGCAUAGUGUCAGGAUGCAGGUGUUCAAUAAUUGAAGAGAAGGAUCGAUUUUGUACAAAUGAUUACGCAAUAAUAGCGAAAGUGACCAAAGAAAGGAAAGUCGGUAAUGAACUGGAAUACCAAAUCACACAAGUUAAGUGCCUCAAGCCACAUAUCAAGGAUCCAUCCGUGAUUCGUGACAAAGUUUAUACGUCAACAACAUCGGCGGCCUGUGGUACGAUUCUGGACAAAGGCAGCACAUAUCUUCUAUCUGGGACGUAUCGUAAAAAUGGAGGUGGGCGUAAAGAGCAGUUUCUUAGUCUCUGUCAGAUAGCAAGAAAAUUAACAAAGAAGGAAGUUAAAAACUACAAAGUGCCCCAAUGCUGACAAGGACAGAACCAGGUUUGGACAGCUGUACCAAAACACAGAUGAGAACAAACAUAUCAUUGACUUACAGUUGUAUUCGUAUAAAGUUGCUUCUCAUAAAGUAUAAAGUCUGGAUACCUUG